UCGAGUUCGUGAGUAAAGAACCAAGCACCAAACACGUGUAGAAGAUAUUUUAAUUUUUGAUUGGAAUUCUUUGCGCAUAUUUGAAUGUAAAUAUGGGUAAAUUUCGUUCGAAACUGAAGCGUCAUGGCAAAGGCAAGACCUGGAGCAAGGGCCAAGCUGCAUCUUCGAAUCCCGAGCAGAUGAAGCAUCGUCUAAAGGCGAAAUCUCGUUUCUUUCAGCCAAAUUUGAAUCUUGCUGCUGCUGCGGCCACGCCCAAUGCGUUGACCAUGGAGGCGGUGCACAAACAUGAACAACGUCAGGCCUACAAUGCAGAGACAACAACAGUAAACGAAGUGGCCGGCAGCCUGAUGAGCUUCACCCUGGACGAUGAUCAGGAUGAUGCCACUCGUACCGGCACUGGCACCUACAAGACUUUCAAAACCUUUGCCUCCAAUUACAGUAGUUGCUCCAAUAUGAGUUUUAAGAAACUCUUAACUGGUUUUCGUGCCUCCUCCGAUCUGCAUAAGGAAAUGUUGGCCAUUUUGAGUGCUCUAACUGAAAUUAUCCAUGAGAACGGUGGCACUGAAUCGUCAACGGAAUAUUUCUUGCUACUAAUGGAACAGAUUGAGGCUGCCCAAGAAGAGCGUGAUAUUAUAGCCGGUGUGGCAUUGCUAUCCAUGGGCAUUAAGUCUGUGCCGGCGGCUGUUUUAAGGAAACGUUUCGGUCAAACAUCAACCACACUUCAGAGCCUCUUGCAGCGAUUUAUGGAGUCCAGCAAUCAGUCGGUCAUACGAUAUCUAAUUGGUUGUCUUUCGGUGUUGUUGCGUGCCCAGGAUUAUGCUACAUGGACAUAUAGUUCAACAUUUCAAUAUUUUGAUGCUUUACUGUCGUUUUCAAUACACUCGAAGCCAAAGAUACGUAAGGCAGCCCAGCAUGCAGUCGUCUCCAUAAUCCAUGGCAGCUGCUUCAUGUUGCCACCACCGCCAGCAGCAGAAGGAGAAGAUAAGGAGGAAAAGGAACAAAAGUCGCCAGUGAACCAUCAUCCGGCCAGUAGUCGAGUAACCAAAUUCUGUUUGGCUCAAUUUAAACCCGAAAUGCUGGCAAAUUCUCAAACAACAGUUCUUCAUACGCUGGCCCUGCUCAAGGACACGAUGAGUGGCUUCCGCACUGAGGAUAUACGCAGCGUGUGCGAGCAUCUACUAUCCAUAAUGACGGCGUCGAAUGUCCUGGUACGCACCAAUUGCUUUCAAGCCCUGCACACCCUAUUCCUUACCCGCACUUCCAACUUGAAUGCCACAUUGUGUGCCAAAUUGUUGGCCGCCAUUCACGAGUAUCGCCCCGAUCGCAGUGAUGUGCGUCAGACCCUGGCCUGGAUUACCGUGCUCAAGGAGGGCCAUCUUCAUUUGGCCACACUUCAAUUGGAUCUAUGCAUGCAAGCUCUGCCCCGCCUCAUAGAGAUCUGCACUACCGAUCUUUGGCUGUCCGAGCGGACCGAACUUGUGGUGGGUGUUUCCAAUUGCAUUAAGGAAUUGCUGCAAGAUUGUGUGGCCCGUGCCUGUUCGACUAGUGAGUCGGCCCAACAGAAUCGUCAGCCCGUCUCAAGGAUUAUAGCCGCCAUCCAUAAGGUGCUCAACUCUCCCUUUGGCGAGAUAUCCAAAUAUGUCAUCUUGAUAUUCUCCAUUGUGUUUGAGGCCUGCGGCCAGCACUUUGGAACUGAGCUGACUCCAUCUCUACUGACAAUCGCAAAGCGUUACGAUAGCCAAAGUGCACUUCGUUUGCAGAUUGAGCACACAUUAAUAAGUGCCAUUAAAUCGCUUGGUCCUGAAUUGGUUCUCACGGCGAUUCCUUUGAAUGGCGGCAUCAGCGGAGGAAACAUUCUAUUGGAACGAUCAUGGCUUCUGCCAUUGCUGCGCGAGGGUGCCAAAGGAGCCAGUUUGCAAUUCUUUAAGGAGCACAUUGUCCCCCUUGCCAUUCAGUGUCAGGCCAAAUGGAGGGAAUAUGCCGAUGCCAAGAAUACGGCAUCUGCUCACAUCUACGAGCUGCUCGCCUGUCAGCUAUGGGGUCUAUUUCCAGGCUUCUGUCGCCAGCCAAGAGAUCCCGAAUAUCUGCGUCAACUGGCACCCACAUUGGGUGUUGCCCUGGAGAAGAAUCCCGAAUUUCGGCCACCCAUCUAUGAUGGUUUAGUCGAGUUACUCGACGAAAACCAAUCAGCCGAGAGUCUGGCAGUUAUUGGCCAAUAUGCCAAGAACUUUUUGCCCCGCCUCUUCAAUAUCUAUACGCAGAAACCAAGCGGUAGCUAUGAGGCGGAUCAAAGGAAACGGGUUCUCGAGGUGAUACGGUUGUAUGUGGCCCGUACUCCCCCCGAAGUGCAAGCCCAGCUCUUCGAGAAUGCCCAGGAACAGUUGGCCGCCAGUGCAGCGGCUAGUUUCGAGUAUGAUGCUCUCUUCGACAUAAACGCGGCCAUUGUCCGUGUCCAGAAAUGCCGCGGCAUUGAGCACUAUUUCGAGAAGCAUAUGGCUCCCGUUCUGCGCAAUGAUAAGUCGAAACUGGUGUCCAAGGACGAGCAAAAACUAAAGAAGCAGCAACGCAAAACAUACGAACUUCUACGCGAACUGAUGACUUCGGAGCUGGCAUCAUGUCAGAAAUUCACGAGAAAGAAUUGCAAUGCCUUGCAAAAGUUACUCCUGGAGGCAUUUACCACCAGUUGCACUGUCUGCCAAGCUUCCCGUUUAUAUUGUCUGAAAUCUCUAUUGGAAUGCCGCAGCAAUUUAACCCACAAUGAUCAGCUUGUAAUGAAGGCCAUACCCGAGGGUGUGCUUAACUACAAGGAGUUCUCCACUCGCAAGGAGCCCAUUGCCGAACAACUUAUCAAGUUUAUAGCCAACUUGUAUCAGGAGGCGGGGAAAAUAAAUGAUUUUGUUGAUAUUCUAACUGCUGGCUUUACUGGCGAUGAAUCCCUGAUAACGAAUACAAUAUUGGCUUAUCGUGCGGUCCUCCAGCAGCAGGGACAAUACCUAACUGUGGCCACUUUGGAGUUUUUAAUGCAACAGAUUACCGUGUUCCUGGUGCAAAAGUCCAGAAAUCAAGCAGAGGCCGCUGUCGCAUUUCUGAUCACAUUUAUCAAGGUGUUGCCCAUUCCAUUGGUGGCCAAUCAUCUGGAGACAAUUAUGCGUUCCCUUUCGGCCAUGACCAAAGACACUAAACGCUAUUGUCGCAUUCAAAUUGGUUACUUCCUUAAGAAGCUUUGCAAACGUUUCACCACAGAGGAGUUGGCUCGCUAUGUACCUGGCGACGAUGAGGUGACCCACCGUCGUCUCAAGAAGAUCAGGAAACAAAUGCGACGCGAUACGCGCAAGAAGCAGAGCGAAGAUGCCGCUGCCGCCGCCGCUGGUGACAGUUCCGAUGAGGAAGGAGGUGCAAACGGUCUGGAGCAGAAGAGCUAUACCAUUGAUGACAUUUUGGCCGAUUCGGAUUCGGAUCUGCCCGAAGAUAUGGAUGCCGACGAUCAAGGGGAGAAUGGUGGUGCAGCAGCAGCCAACAGCAAACGUCGUUCCAAGGCCAAACAACGUAGCACAUACAUACGCGAGGAAGCCGAUGAAAUAGUCGAUUUGGCCGAUCUCAAAUCCAUUGGCAAUGUGCUGACGAGCGGUUCAUCUGCGGUGGCCAGUAGCAAAAUUUCAAAAUCAUCGAAACCUCAAGUACCUGACGGUGGAUUCAAGACGGCUGAGGAUGGUCGACUCAUUAUUAGUGACAAGGCUUUACGUGGCCAGGCAACGGCCAUGGAUGACGAUGAUUCGGAUGGCGAAUCAUCUGAUUCUGCGGAUAGUGGCAAUGAGCCAGAUGCCAAGACGAAACGUGGCAUGGAAGAUGACUCCAGCGAUGAGGAGGAAUUGAAGCAACAGGCGGCGACAGGUGCUAAACGGAAACGCAAGGCAACGGAUGCACUAAGCAUGCGUUCGGGCAAGACGAACACCUCACGAUACACAGCUGGUGGCAAGGGUAUACAUCGUCAGCUGGGAUCUACUGCCAAUGGGGGUGAUAAUGUAUCCAUGAAAUCGGGUCAUGGUGGUAAACAGCAGCGGCCAGCGGGCAGUGAAUAUGGCAGCAAGAAGGCUAAAGGUGAUAUGAAACAACGUGGCAAAUUGGAUCCGUAUGCAUAUAUUCCACUGACGAGGAAUACACUCAAUAAACGGAAACGUGCCUUGAAUUCACGUAAAUUCAAGAACAUGCUGCAUCAAGCUGGUGGAGGAGGAGGCGGAGGCGAAGCAUCUAGUGGCCGCGUGGGCAAGAGCUAUAAGUAGACUCACCUUAGCUACUUAAUUAUAUAUACACAUAAUAUGACUACAAAAAAGAUCAUAAAGAUAAACCCGUGAUGUUAUGAUGAA